AUGCCACAAGGACGGUCUCGUCUGCUCUCCGACAAUGAGCUCGUCUUCAGCGAUGUGUUAGCGCCAUACGCAGUACAUGUAAGUAACCUGUACGAGGCUCUUACGCGUAUUGUUGGUGCUGCGCGCCAGAAGAUCGCGUAUGUCAACCCCUCCAAUGGAGUCGAAUUCCAUGGCUGGAUGGUACCAGAUCCAGACAAGACAGCCAACGGCGUACUCAAAAUCACUUCCCGGAAGUACCACUUGUCUGAUCAAUCCAUCGAACGUCUCCGAGACUUCAUGAAGAACGUUCCUGGCCUGAAACUAAUGUCCAAUCCGAUUGCCCCACUGGUAUGCGAUCUCUACUUAUACGACGAGCAAGAAGACGUUUCUUACAACGUAGAGCACAAGGCUUACGGGGAAGAAAAUCCCCACAUCCCGCUUAAACCCCUGGACUCCGAUUUCGACCUAAAGUUGAACUGGCACUUCCUCUUGGUCCAAAAGGGAGAAAGCCUUGCUAUUCAUACCAGGUCUGGCGGUGACUCGGCGGACACGACGGCUCGUCUCAUCAGCAUGGUAGAGGAUGGAAGCUGCACAGACUUUGCUAGCAUAAUCAGGGAAAAUGGACCACAUGCCAAGGCGAGACUUCGCGAAAAGUGGAAGGAGGCCGACCUGUACGACGACACUGUCGACUUUGGACCCAUAGCGAAGGGUGAAAACAGCGAAGGAGGAACUCCAGGUUCGCACCACUCUGCUAUUGAAGUAGCUCUUAUGGGUCUUGCAUUUCGGGUUCAUAUCAACGAGCAGUGUUACAAAUUACGCAAGCAUGCAUGCAUACUCUUGCACAACCAUCCCGCUGCUGAUGCAGUCAUGGUCGAACACGAAUGGACCACCACAGAUCAGGAGCUAUACGAGGCUAGCGGCCUACUUCCCGUGUCACUAGUUGCGGGCGCAGCGGGUGCGAAGAGAUGCAUCCUACUCAAAUUCAUUCCGCACCACAGACCUGAGGCGGUCAAGUCGACUUCCGAGCUCUUCGAGCUAGCAGCCAACACAGGCUGGACGUUUCCUGUCUGUACCGCUCAAGACUUCGUAUUCGUCGCGAUGACGGGGGGGUUUGCUAUGCCUGAUCAGGUCCCCUGCUUAGACAACAUCGCUCUUCUGCCUUCCUCUUUGACGACUAUCCUCCCACAGUCAAGAGCCUGCGUAACAUGCGAGGACAAAUCUCGUGUCAGGGAAUGGAAUUGGGUCCGAACCACUAUCGGGGGCUGCGAGCUCUCAAGGCCUAGCCGGGGAAAGCUUUUUUCCUUCCCUGCAUCGCCGUACAUCAAGUCUGAAGCCAAGCCUCUGAACAAGCUUUAUACUCUCAACGAUGGCUCCGUGCAUGAGUUCUUUCAUAAAGUCUUCAAUGCGAAUGACACGGAACUUACCACGAGUAUACAUGGCUCUUCUGGUCUGCUUCAGCGACAAUGGAACCAUGGGGAUAUGAAGCUCCACGAUGACAAUAAGGCUCACACAGCAUUUCGCCUGAUUCAGCGUGUCCUCGUGGGUAUGAGCUUGUCACGCACCCAGCAAAACCAACCUUUCGUCACCAAUUAUAACCAGGACUUCAGCAAGGUUUUCCUUCGACUCAAAGAGGAGAAGAACUGGUCUAAUCAUAUCAUCAAAUCGUCUACGAUGGCGGAGAUGGUCAAGGUGAAAGACCGCGGAAUCAAACUCCAAGAACUCGUCGAAAACUCGGGCUUGGCCACUGGAACUGUCAAAGUUUCCUGCGACGAGUGCCUUGGGGAAGACACAUGCACAUUCCUUCACCCGGAGAUCGUGUACACCCUCCCAGACGCGGAUUACUGUUGUGGAAAGUGCUAUGAGCGUCGGCUCCACUGCAAGUUCACCAAACUCCCCGAGGAUUUCUUGCAGAGUCUACGCACUUUACCGCUACUCCGAGCCCACGUACCUUGCCACGCUUGUUGGGAGAGCGGAAAAUUGUGCGACAACAACUCCGGGUCGUGCAAGAACUUGUUGACCAAGGAUGAACUGAACUUCUCCAAGAAGCAACCGGAACUCGCAAGUCUCGAGAAACAGUGGCUUGAUAGUCUCACGUCUGAGCAGGGUAGUGUGCUACUACACCCUUUCGCAACUAUGAAAGCACUACCUCAUGGUAUGAAGAACUCCGGGAUUUCUUACGCAACUCACGAAGUACAUUGGGAUGCUGUUGAAGAGAGAUUACGAGACGUCUACUUGCUAGACCGCCUUUUCGUCGGCUUUGAAACACUCCAAAAGCAUUACAAACCCCAGGAAAACACCGUUCACCCUAUUGGUCUUCUUGCUGUGUCUCUCAACAACUGUGCGACUCGCAGUAGUCAGCCUUUUAAGAUUGGCUGGCUUCAAGGAAAAGAUUAUGAGGGUAUCGCAGGACCUGAAAUCACCGGAGCUACAGCCGCACUAUUCGUUGCCCUUGAGGCAUGGUCAUCUUUUGAAGAGGGGUGGUGGAACGCAGCCGCUCCGACACAGCGCCUUAAGAAAUGCACAAUGUGGGAAAUGCCCAUUCAGGAUUGCACAAAAGCUAUCCUGAUCCCAUACACUGAGAUAGCAUCGUGCUCUUUCAAUCACAGCGGGAGUUGCGUGGGCUCGCUUUCUCGCCAAUCUCACGGAUGCCUCUUGUGGGCUCGAAAGACCUAUGACUAUCAGAACGAUGAAGGUGCGGGCGAAUUGCUUAUUCCGCGAGGUGGCGACUACACGACUAUGGGCCAGUGUAGAACUAGCGCUGACAUACUCACCGUCCUUGAAGAGGUGUUUCACGACCAUCCCACAAAGGAGGAGUGGCAAACUUUGAAGUCUUCCAUCCUUAAUAGAAUCCACGAGAUUAGAGACCCUGGUGAUAAGCUCCGGGAAAAGUUCCAAACAUUGUUGAAGGAAGGCCGGUUACCUAGGUAG